GAUGCAAAAAAAAAUCGUGGUGCCGCAAGAUAAUUCUAUAGAAUAUAGAAUUAUCAAUUUUAUUUCUGUAUUUUCGGCUAUCGCAAUGCUUGUGAAGUGCAAAAAAUGCAAUAGUGACAUAAAGUUUCAGACAGCCAGUACUCGGGGACUAGGAUUUAAAAUUGCUGUUUUAUGUGAUCAGUGUCCGCCACAGGAAAUUCCUUCGUGCGCUUUUAUAAAUCACUCUUACGAAAUUAAUAGACGUUUUAUAUUUACGAUGAGAGUUCUUGGUUUGGGACUAAAAGGUGCUCAAAAGUUUUGUGGACUCAUGGACAUGCCGAAGUUUUUCUAUUACACCACCUAUCAUUAUCAAGCACAUUCAUUCGUGCGUCAAAACUGUUCGUGAUGUGCUUUUUGAAAACGCUGUUAAAGAAGAAAUGGAGCAAACCGUUGGACAAGAUAAUAUAAAACUAACUGUUUCAAGGGACGGAACGUGGAAAAAGCGAGGUUUCACAUCUCUGUUUGGUGUCUCUUCUAUAAUUGGUUAUCAUAGCGGUAAAGUGCUCGAUGUCGUGGUAAAAAGUGCUUAUGGUAAAAUGCGUAUGGUAAAGUGCGAAUUUUGGGGUAAAAAACAAGAUACUUUUGAAUAUGAAGAAUGGCUCGAAAAUCAUAAAGCUGAAUGCAGGGCGAAUCACGUGGAAUCAGCCGGUAAAAUGGAGGUCGAGGCGAUUGUUGAAAUGUUCAAGCGUUCCGAAACUCUGCACGGUGUCAAGUACGAGAACUACAUCGGAGACGGUGAUUCAAAAACAUACUCCAGUAUUUUAAAUGCCGCGCCUUAUGAAGACAUUACUGUAAAUAAAAAAGAAUGCAUCGGUCACGUCCAAAAAAGAAUGGGCACGCGAUUACGUGAGUGUAAAAAGAAAAAUAAAGGGCUCGGCGGUAAAGGCAAACUAACCGGUAAAAUGAUCGAUAAGUUAACGGUUUGCUAUGGUCUAGCUAUACGUAGAAAUUAUGACUCAGCAGAGAAUAUGAAAACAGCUAUUUGGGCUACACAUAAUCACUACAGUUCAACAAACGAAAAUCCGAAACAUGACCUCUGCCCAGCGGGAGCGGAAUCGUGGUGCGAAUGGCAGCGCGCGUACGCAGAGUUACCAAGCAAUCAGAAGCAAAAAAUAAAAAGUUUUAUACACACCUACGACGCUUUGCCGACUGAUGUUUUAACGGCUAUCGAGCCAAUUUACAAGGACUUGAGUAAACAAGAGUUAUUAGAUCGAUGUGUUGGUGCGUACGCAAAAUAACAACGAAAGUUAUAAUCAACUGAUUUGGAAAAUCAGUCCAAAAAUUCUUCCAGGCGGCUUAAUACCAAUCGAAAUAGCUGCAUAUGUGUCAGCUUGUGUUUUUAAUGAAGGCUCAAAAGCUUUGUUACAAAUAAUGCAAGCGAUGGGAGUUUCUACUGGCCCAAAUGCCCAUGCAUUCGUGGCAGACGAAGACGAGGGACGCGUCGCUAUUGCCGAGCGCUGCGCACAAGAAAAUACACAAGAGGCCAGAAAGCAUCGUAGACAGAAGAAAAUUGAUGCUUUGGAGGUGGCUUCGGCAGCAGAAGGCUUACUUUAUGGGCCUGGAAUCGAUGAUUCUGUAUAAUCCAGAUUCGAGCAGCAGUGGACACCGCAAAACCAGUUUUUUGAAAGGGCCUUCAGGAGGAUGGCC